AUGUCUGAAGAACUUCUCAGUCCGAGCACUUACCACGUCUUAGCCUUUGUUUACAUCGUGUUGGCCAUCGCUGCAAUCUUCUUCAAUUCCAUAGUCCUUUUGACGUUUAUUAUGGACCGUUCCCUCGUUUUGCCAGCCAACGUUCUCAUCAUAAGCAUAGCUACUUCUGAUUGGCUGAUGGGAGUUAUGAUAAAUCCCCUGGGAGCAGCCGCAAAUGCGUCGGAGUCUGCAUGGUUCACUGACACUACCUGCACAUUUUAUGCUUUCGUGUCAACUUUCUUAGGCCUUGGAACCAUGUUGCAUCACGCAGCAUAUGCAUUGGAUCGAUAUUUCGUACUCUCUCGGCCAAUGGAAUCGCAACACAGCAUGGGUCGCAUGGUAACAGUGGUUCUGAUACUAUGGGGUUUUUCCCUUAUGUGGAGUCUUUUCCCUUUGUUUGGCUGGUCUGCGUACGUCCCUGAGGCCGGGAGAAUUGCUUGCUCCUUACGAUGGCAAUCGGCCAAACAAGGCGACACCUUCUUCGUCAUCUGCCUUUUUGCGUUUUUCUACAUCAUUCCACUCGGCGUCAUCCUAGUCUCUUACACACUCAUGUUCGUAAACGUUCGAUACAUGACAAAAAACGCUCAAAAAAUCUGGGGAGUUAACGCAGCUGCUACCUUGGAAACCAUCAAAGCAGCGUGGAAAAUGGCCAAGAUUGGCUUGCUUAUGUUCAUUGGAUUCUUCGCCGCAUGGACUCCGUACGCAGUCGUUUCCUUCUACGCAGCCUUCCUUUCGACCGACUUCUCGCUUAUUACUGCUGCUUUCCCAGCGAUGUUCGCCAAGACAUCCAACAUCUAUAACCCAGUCAUUUAUUUUUUCGCAUACAAAAACUUUCGCGAAAGCCUGUUGAAACUAUGGCGUCGAUACAGGAACAGAAAUACCGUGAUGCCCCUCGGUCAGUCUAGUAAUGCAGCCUUUGUCAUAAGCUCCGCCACAAGGUCAAGACAACGCCAUGAUUCCACCUCGGUUGAGGAAUUCUCUUUAUAA